AUGGCAUUCUUACUCCCAGUCUUAGUUGCAUCUUUGGCUUUGGUCAAUCCGACGGUCGCUCAGACUGUAGAUGGCUCAAAAUAUAAUAACCCAACUGCCGGGCCUCCUUCGAGCUACUUUGCUGCUGCCACGUCUAUCCCCGUUGCUGCCCUGAAGAGUGCUGCUGCUAAGGCUAGCACUGCUGCGAAGGAUGCAACAUAUCCUAUCAACAAUAGCGGUGGUGCUGCUAAGGUCACUAUUCACAGUGAUUGGUCCAAGUUCAGCGAGGGUGCUGCCUUUGUUUGGGUUGCCGAUAUGGAUAUUGAUUGCGAUGGUAUCGAUUACAAGUGUAAAGGAAAUCAAGACGGACAGUCUGAGACCAAUUUUGGUGCUUUGGCCGCGUAUGAGGUCCCGUGGAUUGUGAUACCCGACAAGUUUGGCACAACUUAUCAGAGUGUCCUUCCCGGAAACAAUAUCGGUGCAGUUAUCUGUGAUGGGAAAAUGUUCUACGGUAUUUAUGGUGAUUCCGAUGGCGAUGAUCCUGAGGUCAUUGGAGAGGCUUCGUGGCUCAUGGCCCGGACCUGCUUCCCGAAUGAUGAUUUAAAUGGAAACGCUGGUCAUGGUAGCGUCGAUGUGACAUACAUUUUAUUCACGGGUAAAGACUCCGUCCUCCCAAGUAGCGCCCUCAACAAGAACUAUAUCACCAACUUCAGCACUCUGCGGUCUAUGGGCGACAAUCUGAUGAGUUCCCUUGCAAGGGACCUCGGCUUGUCUGGUGGCUCUGAAACAUCGACUACUACUGGCUCUGCCCCGACCACUACAUGCUCUUGGUCUGGCCAUUGCUUAGGUGCCUCUUGCUCUACCGAAAACGAUUGCUCUGAUGAUCUUGUUUGCACGAGCGGGAAGUGUGCUAACUCUUAA